UUUUUUUUUCUUUUAUGGUUACUAAAACCUUGUGCUAAGAUUCUUCCAUUUUAUAGAUUAUUGAGCGGAACGAAAAAUGUAUUGGUUUUAUAAUGAUUGUUUAUUGGUUGUAAACGCACAUUGUUGAAACCAUUUUACCAUAAUAUGACAUAUAUUAUUGGAAAAGUAACAUAAUCAACUGAACCCCACUCAGAAUCGUUUUUUCGUUAACAAUAGUUUAUUGUUGCUUACAGAUAUACAUUAAAUUCGUUUUCUGUAUCCUACCGUCCCAACUUCUCACCUAUAAUAGGUGCGAAGUAUGUCCGUCUUUUUAAAUCUAAAAUUUAAACAAAAUCAUUUAUUAUUAUUUAUCAUUUAUUAUUCAUUAUUAUUACAAUAAUACGAAUCUACCAAUAAGCACCAAAAUAAUAUUUUCAUAUUUAAUUUUGUAAUAUUUUAUACUUGUUUUACAAAAAUAUAACUUUUUUGUAAUUAUAUAAUAAGUAUAGCGGCCCUUACAAGAACCGGCCCAUUGGGAUGAUUACCGAUUUCCAGAUAGGCCGAUCCGCUCUUGUAGAAACCUAUUAAAAAUUUGAUAAUAUAAAAUAUGCUAUCAAAAUGAUUAAAAUUUAGUUUUUAUGAUUACAUAAAGUGUAAUAAUUCAUUUGCAAGUACUUACAAUUGUUAGAAGCAAGAUAUUUACUUUUGCUUAUUUAAUUAUACUCGUUUUUUUAUCGGUUUAAUAAACCAUACCCGGAAUACUUUAUUUAAUACUUACCCAAACGAUUCGGUUAUUAUCGGCGGAAGGUUAUUUCGUUGUUGAUCGUAGUGAGUCAGGAUAACUGCAGCGAGUUAAACGUGAUAAUAACAGUUCGACUGUAGACCGGUUUAGUGAUACGUCGACUACCCACUAUUAUUUGUAGUUUCAGUGACAUCGUUCCGUGGCAGUGUAAAAAUAAUACGUUUUUUUUUUUUUAUGCAUUUUUUUCGUGAAUUCUAAUUCAGGUAUACGCGCGUGAAUACAAAUUAUGCCAUUAUCUGCAUUAUAAUUACGGCGAAUAUUAUUUGUUAUUUUUUUAUUAAUAUGAAAAACGACGCGUAUCAUUUUUAGCUACCUGUAUGGUAGCCGUGAACGACCGAGAAUAAUAUUAUUGUGUCAUAUUCCACUCCAAUAUACGUUUUAUUAAGAGUGCGCCAAACUCGAGUGUCCGUACCGUUUGGUUUGGUCGAUAAACGCCAAUAAAAUCAACUUGUAGGAGUGCACACUACGUUCGAACAGGUUAGGUAUAUAUAAAAUUACAUCACUGGAGCGAAAUUUCUAUUUCCACUGCGUAAAGUAUUAUAUUCAAGUCAAGUCAAGCCAAUAGCAAGUCAAGUUGUCGGAGAUCCAAACCGCUCACAGAUGAUAUUCAACAUUUAAAAAGAAGGAAAUUUAAUAAUUUCAUUCCACAUUGUUGCCGUAGUUUUUGAUACGAAUUCUCAAUAAUUUGAUCAAUAUUUUUUAAUAGUCAUGACGAACGACACGUGGUCUGUAAGUAUCCGACAUUUGUAUAACUUAUUACAAACACUACUAUAUACAGUGUUGAAUCUAGGUAUAUGGCCGGGGGGAGGAGCGAUAGCCUCUCCUGGAAUUUCAUUCGCCCCCCCCCCGUUAAAUGUAGAUAAAUUAAUUAAAUAAUAAAACAAAUUUGAUUAAGAGGGCAUUUAAGCAAAAAAAUAAAAAAAGUCCAUCGCUAUAAUUGUUAGUGCCCCCUCCUCCCAGAAAAAUCGUCUGGAUUCAACACUGACUAUAUAUCAUCGAUUUUACUAUCAAUACUCGAAAUUAUUAUAUUGUUUGACUCUGGGGCAUUAUCGUUUGUCGGACGUUUAUUUCAACCGUACAACGCGGUAUUCGAUAAAAUUACCAAAAUAUUACGGCAGGUUAUGUAUGAUUAUCUUCUGGUUUUUAUGUUGUCGAGGGUCACGAAUUACAGUAGAAAGUCAUGAAAAUAUAAACAUAUUUAAUAUUUUAAAUACUGAGCUUUUUACGAGUCCGUCGAGUUUUUUUAUUUUUUAAUCCACCGGGGUUAUGAAGAGAACUCUGCACGUGUGAUUUUUUAUCUACGUCAUUCUCCCACUUUAUAUAAAAUCGCCUCGACACGUUUAACGUUUACUGAACGAGUAUCUUAUUAAUUACUAUCUACUUUUUUUCGAAUGAAUUGUUGACAUAAUAGUAUUAUUAUUAAUUAUAAUUUAUCAUAAUAUACAGGAUGAUCGAUCUUUCGUAAAAUAUAUCCAUUAUAUCAUAAAGCAAUAUAAUUAUAUUAUAAUUUAAGAUUUACACGCAAUUUUUCAAAUUUUACCUAACCCUUAUUUUGUAUUUCUUGUAUGCGUAUAUUUUUAGUAUGACAUAAGGGUUCUCGUCACUAACAUUUGUAUUUUUGUUUCUGUCUCACGAGUAAAAUAGAAAAAAUAAGCGUUCCGCGUGACUCUUUGGUUAAGUUUAGAGGGGAGGGUUCAAUUAAACACUUUAAAAAAAAGAAUAUUUUUUUAAAUUUUAUCGAAUAAUUUUUUUUAAAUAUUUGUAUAUCUAAAUAAGCUUUAAAUGGUUAAAGCUGAGUUAAAUAUUAAAACAUGAAUAUCUUGAUAUGGGACAUUGUUGCUAUAAUAUUACGCGCUAGUCAGACAGGGAAAACAAAUGUUGUCACGAGGCCUUCUUUAAACAGCUUAAACGCUAUGACACAAAUUUGGAUAGAAAAUAAAACUCUGCUACCCAAAAGCGUACCCAGAGGAGGGGGAGCUAAGGGGGUUAUAGUCUUUCCCAUGGGCCAUGUUUAUGUAUAUAUGUAUACAUAUUAUAUCAGGUGAUUCAUUUAAGUGAGAAAUAUUGACUUUUUUCGGAAUUUGUUUCCUAAAACAUUUAAGAAACAAUCUGCUCUACAAUUUUAUAUUAUUUUAUUUUUUUGUCAACCUUAUUUUUGGGGGUAAAACCACUACCUAUUUUUGAUUGUCAAAUGACAACCUAUAAUAAAAAGUCCAUAAAUAGAUGGAGUAUAAGUUAAAGUCAAUUUUAGUGUUGAAAGUUUUGAUUUCCGUUGAUCCGUUGACGAGAUAUUCCACUUUUAAGUAUCGGUUGGAAAAGAGUAGUGGAGUGUCAUUUGUGUGGCGGUACGGCACGCGGCGUAUCAAUGACGCACCACUACUAUCCUCCAACCUAAAAUUAAAAGUAGAUAUCUCGUCAUAUCAUCAACGGCUUGACAGAAAUCGAAAAUUUCAACACCAAAAUUUAUUUUAACUAAUACUCAAUCUAUUUAUGGACUUUACAAUAUAGGUUGCCCUUUGAAAAUCAAAAGUAGGUAGUAGUUUUAACCUCAAAAAUAAGGGUUACAAAAAAUAACAUAAAUAUAAAAUUGUAGAGCUGGUUGUUUCUUAAAUGUUUAAAAAAAUAAAUUCCGAAAAAAAAAAUACUUUCCGAGAUAAUAAGUAUACCCAAUUAAAUGAAUCACUCGGUAUAUACUAUUUAACGAAUUGAGUGUUAACUACGUUUCUAGUUUUUUUUUCCACUUCUGAAAGAACGUUUUUUCCACUGAACCGUAAAAAAACGAUUUAAGGACGAGCACUAUGCUAGCAAGUACCAUAGACUCAAUUGGUUAACCAUGGCUAAUAUAAAUACAAAAAAAGACAUUAAUGAAAAUUAUAUACGAGUAAUUAUUGAUUUUGCUCAAAAUUCUCCUGGGAAGGUACAGCUGUUAGAGCGGAGUACGUAUAGUUACAAGUAUGCCAUAACAUAUAGUUAUAUUUUAUUUUUUUAUAGUAUACAUUCAGUAUCUACCUUUUAAGUUUUUUAGAUUUUGAGUUGAGCGAAGAAGCGUAUGAUUUUAUAAAGAUGUUAAUUUUUUUUUCUGUGGACAACUUUUCUACCAGAGAUUUUGUUCCAAUUUUUAAGUGUACCACCUUUUCUAAAAUGAAAUCGGUGUGGAAAGGUACUUAAAAGAGGUAAUUUUUUGAUUUUCCCAGAAAAUGUGAACAACCGAGAAAAAACAUGGGAAAAACGGGAAAAUCAGUACAACAAACAAAUAUUAUUAAAGAAAAUAAAUAAUGCCUAUUUAAUUACUUUACCUUAAUAUGACAUAUAUUUUUGACAAAGCAUCAUUAUCAAGUGAACUCCGUUCAGAGUCGUUUUUACGUUAGUAAUGGUUUUUUGUUGCUUACAAGUACACAUUAAAUUACCUAUAACAAUGACUGCACCCGUUCUCAUUAUUCUAGAACCUCUUUUAAUUUCUUAUACACAUUUAAAAGUAUUAUAUUAAAUAGGUUUGGGUGUUAAAACUCCCCCCCCCCUUGUAUAUUUGUCCAUGUUCAAGCAAAAAUCUAAUUAGCCCUCCUAAAUUCAAAAUCCUGACUACACCACUGCUGCUAACUAAAUGAUUUCAGAUUGCUCUUGGCUUUUAACGCGACUAAAAUGAUUUUUGAAACAAAAAUUGCUUAAUGGUCGAGACUUGAAACGUCAUCAUAUACGAGGUUAUACUAUUAUACGAGUGAUUUGUGUAUACGUUGUAGAUCGCAAAAAAUCUGUUCAAAACAGUGACUAGGAAGAAAACGUUCGACGAUGAAGUCCCGAAGAAAAGUCAAUUGAAACGGACUUUGAACUUAAUCGAUUUGACCGCUUUGGGUGUGGGUUCCACGCUUGGUUGCGGCGUCUAUGCGUUAGCCGGGACUGUGGCCAAAUCGAUUGCCGGUCCCGCGGUCGUAUUAUCAUUUGCGUUGGCCGCAAUCGCUUCUACUUUUUCAGGUACUCGAGAUUUUUCUAAUAAUAUAUUAUAUUAAGUGCAUUUUCCCGGUGAUGACUAAAUGCGUGGGUGUUAAGUGUAAUGUAAACAGGCAAAUGCAGCUGUUUUACUAAAAUAACCGGUAAAUAUAAUGUAUAGAUAAUUGCAAAUGAAUGUUUUGGUUUAAGUGGUUCUAUAAAAUGGGCGAUUAGAUUUUUUUAUGCAUUUGAAUCAAAUAUUAUAGUAAACGGUAGACAAAUAAACACGAGGCGUAUAUAUAUACAACUUCAAGUACAGUUUUCCAAAUUUUCUGCAAUUUGUAAAAUUUUGAAAAUGACUGUUUACUUUUUAAUGACCACCUUAAUGAUAUGAUUUUCCACAAAUGUAUUGUCUAAUAUCCAUUAAUAAGUGACAAGUUUUACAUCCACGUUCCCGCCCAAGUAUGAUAAAAUAUUUUUUUCUGUGUGCUAAAAUUAAAUCCACUCUUUUUGAUUGCGGUUUCAUCUUCAAUAUUCUGGGAAGGAUUCAUCAAAUUUUUUUAUUUUUGAUAUUAUUGUUUAUUCAUUUAUUAUUUUUCACUAUUUAUAUAAAAUAUUUUUCUCAUUUGACAUUAUUCAAUUAAAGAGUACCACGAGGAAUAAAUAAAACAUAUACUGUUAUAAUUAAAAUUGACCAAGUUAUUGAGUUUUUUUAAAAUAUUAGAGAAUACUUUUUUAAGUAUUGAAAAAUAAAUAAUAAUGAAUGAAUAAGCAAAUAUUGAUGAUAAAUGGUUCCCGAAAUUUUGAAAAUGAAACCACGAUGGAAUGCACACUUGAAUUAAUUUCGGAUGAAUAGAAAAUAUUAAUUUAUCAUAAUUAGGCGAAAAUAGAUAGGUCGUUCUUGGGUGAAAAGAGACCCACUCCAUUUAAUAAGGCGAAGGAGUGCCUUUUUACGAACGAAUUUGACAUUUUAGACUAGUAAGUGGGGGAAAAUUAGACACACCUAUUUUCCAAUGUUCGAUUUAAGUUUUUAAAGUAUGUAAGUAUUUAUUGAUAAUAUGUAUCAGUUAUUUAGGAAAUCGAUUUUUCAAUUUAAAAUUUGGUGCCUAAAAUAAAUACAAAUGUAAUGUGGUUAUUUCAUGAAAUUUUCCAAAAAAAUAUCCUAAUUUCGGAUAUCUUUAAAAUUGAAAAUCAACAUUCUAAAUAACCUAGCAAAUUUGUCAACUAAUUUAUACAUAAAUUAAAAAUUUAAAUCGGACAAUUUAUAUUUGUCCACUGUUUAUUAGUCUAAAACGUAUGAAAACUAGGUGUGUUCCAAACCUUUUACGUUACUUUUCGAUGUAUUCUGUAGGAAAUACUUUUUAAAUGUUUUUGUCAUUGACCCUUCAAAGUAGAUACCUAAUUAAAAUUAAGAAAUUUCAUUGUGUGCAGUACUAAAUCGUAAAGUGACCAAAAUAUCGAAAAUCGAUUACCACUGAAAUAUCGAGAGGGGAUAAUAAAUUUAUGAAUUCAUUUUUAAAGUUACAAUGUUGUUUAAAGGCUUUAGUAGUUUUCCACAUACGUUCGUCUAAUAUUUUUUAAAAAUUUGUAAAAUAUUAUUUAUAAUACAAAUAUGACCACAACAACAUGUAGGCAACAUCAAAUUCAAUAUUUAAACUACAUCACGAAAAAACAAAUAAAAGUAUACCAUUUUAAUAAACACUAUUGAAAAGUUUGAUUCGUGCCUCUUGUGUAUGGUAUGCGUGAAUUAUCCCUUAAUAAACGAACUGCAGUCAUUAGGUACCAAAAUGACAAAAAACACGAAUAACAUGGCUUUAAUAUUCUCAAUAUUAUUAUGAUCCAUCAUUUAAAAGACAUCGAUAGAAACGUUUGCAUGAUUUUUUUAAGUAAAGAAAACAAAAAUUCCACAUUACUGUACACCCAUAUAAGUAAUAGCUACUUCGCUCGCGGUUAGAAUCCAAAUUAAUAUUUAACAUUAUAGGUACCCAAGUAUCCAACGAUAUUUUUAAUCAGCCUUAAUCAUUAUAUAUUACCAUAUUUUAGAACAUCUACUAGUUGUUUUUUAGAUUUUUUUUCAUCAAUAUAAAUGGUGCAAUCGUGUUCUAAUCGAUUAUACGAGUAUAAAACUCUGACGUCAGUAAAGGAAUUAAUAUACAUACCUGUAUAUUUUUUUGUGGCCCACCUUAAAUACAUUAUGUGUCUCGAUAGUUCCAGAAUAAUAAGUAGUCAUUAUGUAUAUAUAGUUUUUUUUUAAAAAAUAUUUAUAAAUUCAGUUUUAACAGUAUGAUAUUAAAAUAAAUAAAUAAAUAGUUUUAAGACCCACACCAACAAUAUUUAGUAAUAAUGUCAAAUCUUUAUAGCUGUAAGUUGUGUGUCAUGUUAUUUUAUUAUAUUGGUAGGUAAAAUUAUUGGAAAAUGCCUUAUUAAAAAAAAAAAAUAAUAAUAAAAACCAAUAAAUUCAAUUUCGUUAAAUGUUCGUGUGCCGUCAUUUGUACACAAUUUCAAAAAAUAUUACUCGUGCAGUGAUGCAAUUAGCUCAUAAACCUUAAGGGGAGGGGUUUGGGCCCCCUUAUAAUAUCAAAUAAAUUCGAUUGACAGGGACUCUACCUAUGCAUUUAGAUGGUUUCAGACGACACAGGGGGGCUGAGCCCCUCUUAAUUACAUCACUAUAACUCGUGAUCACUGAUACUCUGUUUUUUAAUAAAAAAAAAAAAAAAACGAAUCACCAAUCUUUAUGUUAUUUUGAGUUCAGAUUCAAAAGUGAGUUACAGACGAUUGCAAUUAGUGAAGGAAUAUAAUUGUAUAAACAAUUUUUUUUCAGGAGUUUGCUACGCCGAAUUCACUUGUCGAUUGCCCAAAGCUGGAUCUGCGUACGUUUAUAGUUAUGUGGCUAUUGGGGAAUUGAUCGCGUUCAUUAUCGGGUGGAAUUUGCUUCUGAAAAAUAUUAUUGGCAAGUUUUCUUAUUUAUAGACAUACAAAUACUAACAUUGUUUAAAAACGGGUUAUUAUUUUUAAUUUUUUUCAGGCACUUCUGCAGUUGCUAAAACAAUGAGUAAUUAUUUGGAUUCUUUACUAGGCGACCCACAAAAAAAAUAUAUGAAAAAAUAUUUUACAAUACACAUGGACUAUAUGAACGAAUAUCCGGAUGUCACGUCGUUUUUAUUUAUCCUGUUUAUAACUUGUAAUUAUUAUUGAAUGUUUGAACGUUUAACUAAUUUAUUUUUUUUUUUUAGAUUUAUUACACUAAGUUAUGUAACUUACGAGAAAAUAAUCGAUUCUUAGUUUGUUUUUUGAUAUUGAAAAAAACUUUAAUUUUAUGUAUAUUCUGUAAAAUAAAAAAAAAAAAAUCUCUCACAUAAUUACUUUAAAAAGCAUAUUAUAACAUAGACAACAUGACGAAAGUUGAUUUCAUUAAUUAUACCACACUAUUUUUUAUAGACAAUAAUUUUUUAAAUUAUAUCGCAUAUGUAAAUUUUUACAGUGUUUGUGGCUUGGGGAGUUCGAAAAUCGUGUAAUCUCAAUAACCUGUUUACAGCACUGAGCAUGUUGACCAUAUGCACUGUCAUCGUUAGUGGUUUUUAUUUUGGUAUUUAUACGUAUUCUAUAUAUUAUAUUAUUAUACUAUUAUAUUUUAGCAUAUCAAAAAAUAUAUUUUAAACUCGUUAUAAAUAAUCAAAAAAAAAAGUCUCAAUAUUAUGUUUUAUCUAAUUUAUUUAGUAAAUUUGUCCAAUUGGUUCAUUCCGAAAAACGAAAUUCCGGCUGGAGUUGACGGCGGCAAAGGCGGUUUUUUUCCAUUUGGCUGGACCGGAAUAGUCGCCGGAGCCGCACGGUGUUUUUACGGAUUUAUCAGUUUUGAUUCGAUCGUUUCAGCUGGUUCGUAAAUUACUAUUAUUUUUUCAUUUUGAAAACGAUUUGUAGCCGUGCCUUAUUUUCUGAGGAUAGAUCAACCACUAUUGUUUUUUUUUUUAUUUAUAUAUUAUAAUGGAAUCCGAUACUCUAGGCUGGGUGCGAAGGACAAACAAACAGCUGAAUCAAAUAGACAGAACAAAAAGUAUUGAUAAAUUUAUAAAAGGCGAAAGAUUGGAGUGGGCAAGCCACGUAUGGAGGACUGAAAAUAGUAUAGCAAACACAUUCCUCGUGAACAACAUAAAUAAGAAAGGACCUCGUGGCCGGCCGAAGCAAAGGUGGCUGGAUGUAGUUAGAAGAGACAUAAUGGACCGGAGUGAAAUGGAGAAAAUCAUGCAAGUAACAGGGAAAAAUGGAAGCAACUAGUAUUGAAUUCAAUUGAGGCCUAGAUAGCCUGUAAAAGCAAAAAUAAAAAAAAAUGUAAAAAAAAUUUGAAAAUAAAAUAUUCCGUGAUCCAUGCUAUAAUAAAAUAAAAAUAACAGUAAUAAUAGUGCAAAAUAAAAUGCGAGGUUACCGGGGUGAAAUUUCCAUGUCUUAUCUAAAAAUCUUAUCUAAAAUAUUAUUAACUAUUAUAAUAAUUUAAAAAAAUAAAUAAAAAUAAUAAUUUCAUUAAAAGCGGGAUGAAUCUAUCUAAAAAGUCUUCGACCUUUUUGUUAUAUUAGAUGUGUAGCGUAAACUCUUUUUAUUUGUAAUGAAAUUGUUUCGUUGUUGAAAUACUGUACGCAGGUGAAGAAACGAAAAAUCCGGAGAAAACAAUGCCACUGGCAAUCGUCUUGACGUUUUCCUUCAUCACUUUCGCUUACUUCGGUUUAGCGUCGGUUUUAACUCUUAUGUGGCCGUACUACGAUCAAGUACGAUCAAGUGCAUUUGAAAUAUAGAAUAUUAAUUCUUUUUUUUAAUAAAGCUGUUAUAUAUUUCGUAUAUUAUAUUAUUUCAGGAUCCCAGCGCGCCGUUAUUGGUUAUUUACGAUCGUUUGGGAACGCCUGUACUCAAAUACUUGGUCACCGGCGGAGUAAUGUUUGCACUUUUUACCACGUGAGAAUCAUUUCGAAAUUGAUUUUAGAUUCGGAGUGUAGCGAGGGAUCCAUAUAGGUUUUAAUGUUUUACUAUAUGAUGUGUUUUUUUUGUCUAGAAACAAAUUUUCGAAAAAAAUUCUUGAUCCAAUGUAUAGAGAAUAGUACCUUUCCCGAAAGGAAAUUUAUCUAGUUGAAGCAUUAGAUUUCUGAUUUUCCAAGGGGUUUUUGAAAUAAUUUAAUUCGAAUUAAUUCCGAAAUAACCCGAAAGAAAACUAUCGUAAUUCCGUGGCGUUUCGGAUUUAAUUUUUUUAAAUUUUUUAACUAAUGUUUUCUAUCAGAAAAAAUGCUGUAAUUGAAAAAAGACAUAAAAUCGAUUUUAUUCCUUUUAAAUAUAUAGUUUCUGACAAAAAAAGUAAUUUUUGGAUAGCCAAAGUGGUUUUCAUGAUAAUUGGGAAAACCAAAAAGGAUGAAAAUACAUUUUUCAAAUAUUACGAAGCUAGCAAAUUACAAUGCUUUUAUUUUAAAUUGUAGAUUCUGAGUGCAGCGAGAAAUGUAUUUGUUUUACAAUGAUGUUUAUUUUUUUUGUGAACACUUUUUCUACUGGAAAGCUUACUAUUAUGAUCAAGUAUAGUACCUUUUCUGAAAGAAAAUGGUCUCUAAGUGGUACUUGAAAGAGGUCAUUUUUUGGAAUUUUUAUUAAUAUUCGAGAUAAAGAGGAAAACCUGGUUCUUAGUGUUAAAAAAAAUUGAUAGAUUAAACAUAAGGUUGUCAUUGGCAACCAUUUUUAUUUAUUUUUUGUUAUUAUCAAGUUUUUAUUAUUUUAAUAUUUUUUAAAAAAUUAUUGUUGUCAUGAAAACGCACAUUGUUGUAAUAAUUUUACCAUUAUAUGACAUAAAUAUUGUUGACAAAACAACACUAUCAACCGUAUUCCGCUCAGAAUCAUUUUUUCGUAAGCAAUGGUUUAUCGUUACUUACAGAUAUAUAUUGAAUUCCCGUCUGUAUUUUAUCUUCUCAAAUUCCCACUUACAACUGUGGCUACACCCACGUGCAAAGUAUGUCCGUCCUUUUUACGACUUAUGAUUUCUAUAAAAAAAUUGCUCUAAUAGAAAAAUUACAAGUAACCUUUUUUGUUGAAUUUUUAAUCUUCCUAGUUAUUGAGUAAGACAGUUGUUUUUUUUUUUAUUUUGCUUGUGGUUUUUUUAUUAAUUGAGCACAAUUGAGCAAAACUGAAACAUAUGUAGAAUAAACGAAAAAAUUUACGAUAAUGAUUAUUUUAUUAUUUUAAAUUUAGACUUUUUGAAUGUAAUUCAGUCAAAAAUAUUUGUAAAGACUUGACAUUUUGACAGAGUCUUAUAUUCGUUUUUUCUAAAAGUGGUAAAAUGUUAAAAACAUUUUAGUACGUAAUUUUUGUUUGGUAGGUACUCUGUGGAUGACUAAACAAAAAUUUUUGAAAGUUUGAUAGCAGGUUUAUUAUAAGUCGUACUAAAAAAAAACUGAGUGUAACGUAGUAUUUUUUUUCUUUAAAGAGUUUUUUAAUCAUGUUUUGACGAAUAUCGUAAAUAUUAUAAAAAAUAGUAUAACCGAACUUAGCUCCGAAUCGAUUUUUAUUAGCAAUAGUUUAUCCUUGGUUACAAGUAUGAAUUAAUUAACAUAAUGUAUCUCGCCAUUUCAACUACUCACCAACAACAUUGGUCGAAUCCGUCUUCAGUAUCAACUCAUUUUUUUAAAAAAUAAAAACGCGUUAUUUUAAUGUUUUUUUUUUUUAAUUUGUAUUAUUGUUUAAAGUUUAAUAGGACGUUUGUUUCCGAUACCACGAAUUUUGUACGCUAUGUCCAGCGAUGGUCUGCUGUUCGAUUUCUUGGCGAAGAUUAACAAAAAAACCAAAACUCCUUUUAUCGCUACAAUAGUCUGCGGAGUCACUGUAGGUAAAUAAUUCAUCGUUUAUAAUAGUUUUAUUUGCACGAAUUGAUCUAUUUGUCAACCGAGUGUUCACGAGUCAAAUAUUUUCUAGGACUGUUGUCAAUCGUGUUCGAUCUCGAACAACUCAUCGAUAUGGCGUCCAUCGGCACACUCCAAUCGUACAUGACAAUAUGCGUCUGCGUUCUAAUACUCAGGUAUUAUCUAUAUUUUAUAAAAAUGUAUAUAGUCGUAUUGUUUUUUAAGAGAACUUUGAUAUGUUUAAGAUAUACUCCGCGAGGAAAAUUCAAUAAUAAAUGCGUGUUUGUGUGUAGGCCGAAAAGUCAUGAUGUUUAGUCAAGAAAAAAAUAAAUAAGAUACUGUAAUAAUAACAAUAAUUUUACGACACCACGUACGGUAAUCGGAAAAUCAAUUCUAGUCGGACAAAAUGGACAGAUCAUUAGAUUAGAAAUAAAAUAUUCGGUACAUGAUGUUAUAUCUAUUACAGUGUAUAAUAAUCACCUAGAGGGUAUAAUUCUAAGUCAUAUAACCCGCGACAAUCGCAUCGCAAUAACAGUAAAACUCUAAGAGAUAAAAUCUUUAGUCGAACUGGUACUUGGUUGUACUAACACAUUUUUUCAUCGAAUAUUUUAAGAACAGUUUCGUAAUUUUAGAUUCUGAGUAAAGAUGAUGUUUAUUUUAGAUGACAAAGAAAGUCGUAUUUUGGUUUUCUUUGUAGUUUUUUUUUUUAUUAGUCCAGCAAAACCGAAAAAAAGCAAAAAGAACGGGAAAAUGUACGAAAAUAAUUAUUUUAUAUUUUGUUUUGUAAUGUAAUUCAGUUAAGUAUAUUCGAAGAGACUCAAAACUUAGACAGAAUGCUUAUAUUUGAUUUUUCUAGACGUGAUAAAAUGUUCAAAACAUUUUUUUACAUACACUUUGUUUGAAAAUUAGACAGCAGGUUCAUUAUAAGUCGUAUUUUGUGUUCAGAAAAAAUGCAACAAUGUAUUAUUAUUUUUUAUAUACAAGUUUUAAUAUCUAUUUUGAUAAAUUCAACAAGAGACCUUUUUGUUGAAUUAUUAAUUAAAAUUAACAAAUAUUACGGUAGUUCAAAUUAUGUAUUACCGAACUGCGCUCGGAGUCGUCUUUCGUCAGCAAUGGUUUAUCGUUGCUUUCAGAUAUAAAUUAAAUAACCUUGUGUAUCCUAAUUUCCCAACUUUUCGCCUACAACAGGGUCACUCCCAUAUCCAGUAUCAGCUUUUUUUUUUCAUUUUCAGUUUAUCGGAAUUUUAAUGCUGUAAGAAACACGAAUACUUUCCGGUCUGUUACUAUCGUAAUGAUUUAAAUAUAAGUCAUUUUCGAAAUUGUAAUUACUAUAAAACGAUUGGUGUAAAUAGUUAUUAUAGUUUAUCGUUGAAAACCGUUUGAUAUGUAGUUCAUUAAAAAUAUGAUAUAAAUUUAAAAUAUUUUUUCGAGCGUGAUGGUAAUUUUUCAGGGUCUUUUAUAUAGGUGCUUGCGCACGAAAUCAAAAUAUUCGUAUAACCAGUUUCAUUGUUUUAUUGUUGACCAUGAAAGCAAAACGGUGUGCGGUGGAAGGAAACGGUUAUAUUAAUUUGCUAGUAUAUAAUAUAGAAGAUUUUUUUCUAUUUUCCGUCAGAUUAUUCCGAGGUCUACAUAUUAAUAACGAAUAAGUUACGCGAUUAAAUAAUAAUUAAAUGUCCGUGAGCCUGAAUUAUUUAAUUCACCCUGACCUUAGUCACCUGGUCUUGAACCGAUUUUAACAUAUUAUAACUGAUAACAGUCAAAUACCGCGAUAGUGGGAGUAAAAUCGUACAACGGAACAGCUCAGUAUACGUGCUAAUGUUAGCCGUAUGAUAAUAAAAAUAUCAUAUUGAACACAAUAUUGAUGGCGUAUGGGGAUUCGGGAAUAUCAAGAACUUUUACAAGAAUACAAAUCGAAUUUCAAAAAUAAAAUUAUUAACAAUUAUGUGCCACCUAAAAUAUAUUAAUAUUUUUUUAAAAAAAAAGUCGUGUAUAAUAUAGUUUUGUUGUCUUUAUUCGUUGUUCUUGUUAUUAUACGUAUGUAUAUGCCUAAGUAUAUAGUAGGUAUGAUUCUUCGUUAAAAGAAACAUAUCUACUAUGUACAAUAUCAACUAGUUUUUAUGAGAAACAACAAAAACUAUUUUGCUUUUAUUAAAUUUGCAUAAUAAGACAUAGAUACCGUUUAACAUACUAUGCAUUAUGCAUAUUCCAAAAUAAUCGCAUUAAGCCAAAAUGAUACGACGAGGAGAUUUUUUAAAGUAAAACGAUGUGUAUACAUAUCAUAAUGAUAAAUUAUUUACCAUAAGACUAUUUUGAUCAAUACGAUUAAGAUUCUAAAUCCCAUUCGUAUGUUUUAACACAUGAUGCUAUAAUAUUGAAAAUGAAAAUAUCACUGUAUCACCGGUGUACUUUUUGUCUGGUGAAAAAGGCGUAUCGCAUAUUACGUCGUAUAAUUAUAAGACAUUUGUAAUUGUAAUUUUACAAUUAUAAAACACAGAUAAAUUAAGCCAUUUAGAACGGUCGUUUAUGUUAAACUGUUUAGCCAUUAAGCCGUUUAGUAGUUAAUCCAUUUUGCUAUUCAAUUAUUUUCAAAAAUUUAAUUUCCUUUGAAAACUACAAAAUUGACUUCAUCACUGGGACCAAACUCUCCAAAAACCAAUAAUUGUCAAUUGUCAAUUUAUUAUAUGCGGCUAUCAGACGCCGAUAAUUUAAAUUCAUACGCCAGUAAAUAAUUCGAAUUUCUCCAUUUUAUCACAUUUUGUUUUACUAAAAUCAUAUUUUUGGUAUUCGAUUUCACAACACUGGCGUGCAUCUGUCAGUACAAAACUCGUGUAGUUGUAGUAGAACCCCCAAUGCGCACUUUUUUGUCGAAUCAAAACGCUGUAAAAAAAAAAAAAAAUUACAAACAACAAUACGUUGAACUCCGUAUAAUUUUAUUUUCAUUUUUCAGAUACACAGAUGCGAAUAAUUUGUGUAGUCGGGACGUUACUGUUGAUUCGGACGGAAAAUAUAACUUUUCUACUUGGUUGAAUUUGUUGAAUGCGAAAACUCCAAACGUAGAUACUCAAUACAUAUCGAGAGUACUGAUACUCGUUUUUUGUACGUUAUUAUUGUAAUAUUAUGAAAACUUUACACUUUUAUUUGUUGACUAAAGUUGAUAAUUCACUUUCAGCGAAACUAAUUUUGUGUUGUUUGUCUUGAUAUUAGAGUGAAUUGACUCAUUGUGAAAUUUAAAGGUACCAAAAUAUUAACUAUUCGUAUGUUUGUACGUUGGUUUUUUUCGAUAGUUUAAAAUUCAAGCCAGACAUAAGUUUGUGGAAUAACACAAUAUUUAAAAAUGUUUAUAAUCUUGUUUGAAAAUUAAAACGUCAAAAACACCAACGUAUAAACGGAACGGAUAAUAUUGUGUUGUCUUUAAAUUUAAUAAUAAUAGUGAUAAUAAUAAUAAUUAACGGCGCAAAAUCGAUUCUACCGAACAACAAUUUGCUAUGUCUUACAAUAAAUGGAGGAGAAGGUGUAACGCAUUUUUAAUACGGUUUAUUUAUAAGUUGUUAUGAAAAUAUUUGUGUAUUAUAUUAAUUGAUCUUGGUUUAUAUUGCAUCUUUUUAAUUUUGUAUUAAAACCCAUAACAUUUGUCCGGGAUACAUUCACCUUAAUCGAUUGGGGAAUAAUGUUUACAGCUGUUUCUGCGAAUUUGUUUUGUACCAGCGUGGCUCAUUGGAAAUAUUUUCAAGGAGCGCUUCAGUAUGCGCUGAGUAUCGUAAUUUGUAUUUCGGUCGUGAGCUUAUUGCUUACUAUGUUAAUGUUGACCAGACUCCCGCAAACAAUCGAAAAUUUACCGUUCAAGGUAAGAAAUAUUUGUUUUCUAAAAAACUAAACAUUUUCGCAAUGACAGAGCAAAAAUCCUUAAGCGAGAGAACUACUUGUGAUUUUAGAUUCUGAGCGGAGCGAAGGAUGCAUUGCAGGUUUUAUAAUGAUGUUAUUAUAAUUAAUUUUCCGUAAAAAUUUUGAUUUGAUUUUCAAGCGUAGCGCCUUUUCAAAAAUUAAAUUUUUUCUGGGUUGUACUUUAAGAAGGGAAUUUUUUUAUUUUCCAAACGGUUUUCAUAAUAAUUGGGAAAAAGCUUAGAAAAAACGGGAAAAUUUACGAAAUUAAUUAUUUUAAAAUUAUAAAUGUUGUGGCCUUUCAAAAUAUGUUUAAUCAAACUUGGAUUCAGAAAUUCAGAAUCGUUUUCCAUUAGUAAUGACUGAUCAUCAAAUAUAAAUAUAUAUUAAAUUUCCCCUCUACCUUUCCAAUUUCUCACCUACAACAGUGACCCAACCAUCAUAUGAAGUAUGUCCGUUUCUUUCUAUAUUUACAUUAAAUAUUACCAUGCACGAAUCUAAGGGGAUAAGGGGCUUUAGCCUCCUCCUUCUUGGGCUGUAAUUACUAUUUAUUAUAUAUUUAAAAAUCUUAAAAAUUAUCUAAUAAGUAUAACUUUUGAAAAUUAUAAUAUAGCUCCUCCCUUUGUGUUUUUUGGAUCGGCACUUGUACAUAACUUUGGAUAUUAUUUUGUAAUAUUAUAAUGUGUAUUUGUUUUUUAUAGGUACCUUUAGUUCCUUUUGUACCCUGCGUGAGCAUAGUCCUUAACUUAUACUUAAUGGUGGAGCUGAGUUUCAGAACUUGGUUAAGAUUCAGUGUAUGUCAAGUUAUAGGUUUGUAUUACUAUUCGUAUCAAUAAUAAUUUGUUUUAUGAAUAAAUCUAAGGUUGAGAAAAAUAAUGAUUAGUAUUAAUUCAGUUAAGUUAAUUAUAAAAUGUUAACAAGUUAAUAAUUGGUUGUUUUAUAAAUUAAGUCAGGGUCAAAUUAAAUGUAUAAAAAUGUCAUUGAUUUAAUUACUUAUGUUAAUUGAUAAUUACUUAACAUAAAAUAAUAAUUAUUUUUAGAUGCCGAACGUUUUCCUAUGGGUAUGUAUCAACAUUUUUUGUGUCUGUUAAAAACUUUUCACCAGAAAUCCGAUUACCAACUUCAGUAGUGGUUUUUAGUAGAACAUUUUAUCUAGUUAAUGAAAUUUUCGAUAUUCUUUUAAGUUUUCUAAAAUAAUGGUAAAAAAACGUUGGAAAAAUUAUACACAAUAACGUUUUCUGUUAUUUUCGGGUUCGUUUUGUUUUUUUUAUUUUACAAUUUAGUGAGAAAUAUUUGUAGAAUCCUGAAAUUGUUGACCUAACCGAAAUAAAUUAAGUUCUGUAACACAACUAUUAGAUAGAGAAGGGUUAAGAGAGGACUCGGUUAGGUGGUGUCGUCGUUAUGUUAUGUCGUUAUGUGUUGUAGUAUUCAGUUUUUGGUGGUCGAAAUCGGUACCAGGAGUUCAUGAGGGCCGACGACUAACUGUAGCCACCUUCGCCAUGGCUCGUCGUCCUACGACCGUCAUCUCAUAGAUUUCUAAUACAUGAUUUCAGCAUAUUACCACAUUUUUCACUGGCUGCUCUUUCACAGUGAUUGUAAUUUUCGUGGUUUAUUUUUAUUUUUUUGUUUUGAAAUUAAAGUAGUAUACAACGAUUAGUAAUUUAAUAACAUGUGUUAAUGUAGGUAGUACAAUAUUACGAAGAUAAUGAUAAUAUUAUAUAUUUGUUUUGUAGUAAUAAAUCAGUAUUAUAUGAGUUGUUUAUGUGAUCCUAGGCAGUUUUUAUUUAAAAGCUAAUAUAGUAUUCCAAUACUGUAAGUUCUCCCCUUCGAUAAUAAUUAUCCUAGGUUAAUUAAAUACAAAGAAUGAUACUACUGAUGGGCGAUGCCACUGUUUUUAGUGGAAAGUUGAAAUGGAGGAUAUAUAGAGUAAUUGAAUUUAUAUCUGUACGCAUAAAUAAGCCAUUGCUAGGUAACGGAAAACGACAAAGAAAAAAAAAAACAUCAUCUAUUGAAUACGCCUAAAUAAAUCGAAAAUGCUAAAAGAAAGUUCUUACAAAGUUUUUGAUUGAAGCCAGAUUUCAGGCAGAAAAAUUGUUUGCAGAUACACAGAGAAAAAAUAAUAAUAAAACAUCGUAAAACCAAUCUGAAAAAUUAAAAUACAACAGAUAAAAAAGAUCUGAUAUAUUUCUGUUUUUUUUUUUUUUUUAAUGCAUAUUUAUUAUAAAAAAAAAUGGACGAAUUUGUCGAUCAACUUUUUUUCUUAUUAUUAUUAAUUUAAAGUUUAGUAUUAGUUUUGUCUAAAAAUCGAUUGAAAACAUUAAACAUUAAACUAACUGUAAUUUUUGUUCUUGAAAAACCUAAAUAUGUAAUAGUUGUAUCUAAUUAUAGUAAAACAUAAUAUUUAUAAGUUUAUUAACGAAUUUCUAAACUUUUAUAGGUCUUUUGGUGUAUGCAUUUUACGGAAUUCGACACAGUUUGGAAGGUAUUAAACAACAAGCAAAAAGAGACGAAGAAAACCGAAACGAACCAAUCUUAUGAUCUUAUAAUUAAUUAUUCGUUUUAUGUUUUUUUAUUGUCAAUGUAUGUGCUUAAGGCUCGAGCACAUUCGAAUUUAACUUUGAAGGAUAUAAAAGAAAAUGCGAAUUCUUCGCCUAGGUUAGGUUAACAAAUAUUAUAUAAUUUAACAGACAUAUCUGAAAAUUUAUAAAUUUUGUUGAUACGUCUGAUUCAUCACAUUUUAUUAGGUUCUUGUAUAUUAUAUAUGUAAUAUUAUUUAUGUACAUCGUGAACUGAAUUCAUUGUAAAUGCGUUUUGAUGAAUGGAAACUAAGUUGAAGUAUAAGUAUGUCAAACUAUUCAACUUUGAAUUUUUUUAUUUUACAUUUUUUUUCUUACAGUGAUUAUAUGUAAAUGUUGUAUUAAAUGUACAUUUUCUAGAUUCCCGCAAUUAUUAUUUUAAUACGUAAUUAUAUUUGUUCG